CACCCCCCCCGAGGACAGUCCCAUUCCCCAGCUCGUCCUGGGUGUGUGACCCUCUCAAGGACCCUGUCCCCGCUCUUGUCACGUGUGUGGGACCCCCUUUGCUGCUGCCACCUCUGGGACCCAACACAACAGUGACAAAUGUCCCUAAUUCUUGCCCCAGGUGUGUGACCCAUCUUGGUCCCCAUUCCAGGGACAGAGCUGUCCCUGUCACACUCCACAUGUGCCACCCCUCCUAUUGCCCAACCAGGGACCCUGUCCCCAUUCUUGUCUCAGGUGUGUGACCCCCUCAGCCCCUCCUGGGGUCCUGUCCCCGUGCUCAUCCCAGGUGUGUCAGUGUCACCCUGUGACCCCCUCAGCCCCUCCUGGGACCCUGUCCCUGUGCUCAUCCCAGGUGUGUCAGUGUCACCCUGUGACCCCCUCAGCCCCUCCCGGGGUCCUGUCCCUCUGCUCAUCCCAGGUGUGUCAGUGUCACCCUUUGACCCCCUCAGCCCCUCCUGGGACCCUGUCCCCGUGCUCAUCCCAGGUUUUAACCCCCCCAGGGACAGCCCUGUCCCCACUCUUAUCCCAGGUGUGUGACACCCCCUCAUCCCCCCCAGCCUUUCAUCCUGGCCUUUCAUCUUUGGUUGUCCUGGCAACACCCCAAAGUGUCUCGGGGGUUGCCAUGGCACCCAAGGGAUGCUCCAAGCCAAGGACCCCCACAGCUCCCUCCCAAAGUCCUUCCCCACCCUCAGCACCUCAGAGGUGCCCAGUGCUGGGUGGUGACAGGAGAACGGGAGGGUGACAGGGACGGGGUGGCAGUGCCAGGGGACAGGAGGUGCCCCCAGCCUCACCCUGCACCCCAGGGGUGUGCUCUGUGCUCCCCCCUCCCACAGCUGCACCAUGGCCAUCGGGGAGGAGCUGCGCAGCGGCCGCUUCUGGCGGGGGGUGCUGGCGGAGCUGGCGGCGACCCUCAUCUUCGUGGGGAUGAUCCUGGGGGCUUCGGCAGCCCCGGGGCCACUGGCACCGGCGCUGGCCGGAGGGUUGGUGGCCGGGGGGCUCGUCUGCACCCUCGGGGGGCCCCAGGCCAACCCCGCACUAACGCUGGCCCUGCUGUGCACCCGCAAGCUGAGCGCCCUGCGCGGGGCUGCGGGGGUCCUGGCUCAGUGCGCGGGGGCCACGCUGGCCUCUGCCGCUGCCCGUGCAGCGCUGCCGGACGACACCGGCCUCAUCACCAGGGUGAGCAUCCCCGUCCCUGUUCCCAUCCCUGUCCUCAUCUGUGACACUGGACAGGUGUCCCUCCCGCAGGUGAGCGCGGUGGGGACAGCGGGGACAGCGCUGGCCUGGGAGACUUUCGCCACCUUCCAGCUGGGCUUGGCCGCCUUCGCCGCUGCUGAGCACGCGGCCCCGCAGGCCGGGCUGGCCCUGGGCAGCGCUGUGGCCGCCGGUGCCCUGGCCGCAGGGCCAUUCUCGGGGGGCAGCAUGAACCCCGCCCGCUCCCUGGGGCCGGCCAUCGUCACCGGCGUCUGGGAUGACCACUGGGUGUACUGGCUGGGGCCGGUGCUGGGCGCGGUGCUGGCCGGGCUCUCCUACGAGUUCAUCCUGGAGCCCGGAGCCUCCCGGGAGAAGCUGGGUGCCUGCCUCGCCUGCCGGGACGUGGCUCUGGUGGAGACCCCCAGCCUGUCCCCCUCCUCAGUGGCCCACGGCCCCCCGGUCCAGCAGCAGGAGCAGGGCACUGCCUGAGCCCCCCACACUCCACACCAGCCCCCCGAUCCUCCACACCCUGACACCGGAUCCUCGCCGCCGCCAGAACCUUCCGUGGGGCACCCGCAGGAUGGGGGGCUCUGUGCCCCCUCCCCUUUUACUGUCCUCUCCCCCGUGGGGGGAUUAAAGGUGUGUUGGGGUCGCA